CGUCAAUAAAAUUUUAGGCGGGAAAUAAUUAUAGGUUAAGUAAUGUACAAAAUUUCUAAUAUUUAAGCUUUAGUAAUAAUUACGGUAAUGGACAUUGAACAAGUUAAAAAGAAGCUGCAGACAGCUUUAAAAUUGGGGGGAUUCAAUGUUCGGCGGGAGUUUUGUGGUAAAAUUGUCGCAAAGUUUCUAAAGGAAGACAUUGAUUUGGGAGACAAAUGCGAGUUUGAUAAAUGUGUUGAAAGUGUGUGUAACAGUUUAGAAAAUCAAUGCAUUUUGGGGCACAGUAUUGACAAGGAGCACAUUGAGAGGGUUUUAGAGGUUUGUGUAAAGUCUGGAUGCGACAGAAACGAAACUAUUUUCAGUGUUAUAAAUGCUUUUGAUUUUCCAAAAGUUUCAUUCAAUAUUGAUAGAAAACAGUAUUUUUUAAGUGAACGUAAACCAAGGCUAUUUUCUUCUGCUGAUUCCAAACCGCAGCUUUUUGCAGACAGAUAUACUGCUAUUCUAUAUAGGACCAAAAGAAAUUUUGUACAAAAAUCAACAGAAAAUGCAAAUAUUAAACUAGAAUUGCAAACUGUUGAUUAUUUGUUAACACUUUCCAAUAUUUCACUAAAUCAUACACUAAUAUUAGGAUCGUUGUUCCAAGUUUCUGAAGGCAAAUAUUACUUAGAGGACCCCACAGGAAUUGUCCAGUUGGACCUAAGCCAUGCUGUAUAUUAUGGGGGUUUAUUUGCUGAAAACUGUUUCGUGCUAGUAAAUGGGCACUACGAGGACGGGGUAAUAAAAGUCUCAACAAUAAUCCUCCCCCCAGGUGAGGAAUAUACCGAUUCACGCCCCUUUUUCAACACCAUAAACUACUUUGGGGGCCCAUCUUCAACCCCACUCAAAGACUCAGUGAAAUUACGCGAACAUUUGGAAAAAAAUCGAGGCGCUUCGUUCAUGUUUCUCUCAAAUGUUUGGCUCGACCAUCCUGCUAUUUUCGAAAAACUCGAACUGCUAUUUAAGGGUUUUAAUCCCAACCCGCCAGUGGCGUUCGUCUUCAUGGGAAAUUUCAUGUCAACGUGUUGCAGAACCAAAAGAUUUAACACUUUGAAAAAACUCUUUAAACAAUUAGCUGAAUUAAUCAACAAAUACCAGAAAUUGGCCACUGUUAGUAAUUUUAUUUUUGUGCCGGGUUUGGAAGAUCCUUGCACUUCCUACGUCGUGCCAAGAUUGCCGAUCCUAACUUGCGUCACUGAAGACAUAACGAAAAUGUUGAAAAACGCUGUUUUUACAUCAAAUCCGUGUCGUUUGCAAUAUUGCAGUAAGGAAAUUACGAUUUUUAGGGCUGAGAUUCUCUCAAAAUUGUUACAAGCGUCGUUGCAUAAGCCGAAAAAGAGCGAAUUGGCCGAUAAUCUCACAAGAACUAUAAUCAGUCAAGGGCAUUUGUCACCCUUGCCCCUAAAUGCUUUGACAGUUCACUGGGAUUUUGAUUACACUCUAAGUUUAAAUCCUCUUCCUGACUUAAUUGUCAUCGGAGACAAGGCCGAACCUUAUGAAGGGAAAUACAAAGGGUGCCAACUAAUAAACCCUGGCUCAUUUUGUGAAAGUGGCUUCCAGUUCAAGGCGUAUUAUCCUGCAACCGAUAAAAUUGAGGACUGUCUAUUGUGAAAACCUUAAAUAGUAUAUAAAUUUAUUAGUUAGGUUUCAAACAUAAUCUAAAUUGUACACUUGAAAAUUACUUUUACACUAUUUACAUUAAAAUAGUCGCUUCAGCGAUAAAUGAAUUAAAUAAACCUAUUGUAAUACCGCCUAAAUGAAUACGUAUUAAAGAAUUUCAAUUUGACUUGAAUCAGAAGAAAAUAUCACACUGUCAAACAUAAAUAAAAAAAGUUUAGUUUUCGGUAAAAUACACAAUAUAUACAAUAAUAGUA